AUGGCUUCACAUGCAACCCCCGAGCCCGCUUCGAGUGCUUCCAGCACAGAACUGAGCCCUAUCCUGAGCCGUGCUCUACUAAUUUGCCUUUCCCCUCGCGAGUACAAAGGUAUCCAUGACCGUUUAGCGAAACGAUUGCCAUCAAAGCUCCGAGAUCGACCAAUUUCUCCUGACACACUGAGCGCCAUCGCCGAUUCUCGCGACCAAUUCACUACUGAAGCGCUUCGGUCUUCGUUACGGGCAUUUUUGGCUACAGAGGCCAUAGGCAAUGUAGUAGAGACUGCUCAGAAGCUUUUCAUGAAGAACCAUCCUACGACACCGCAACGGAUCAUUUUCCGCUUCGCAAUCUCUCACUCCCUUUUUAUCCUCGCACAUCGGCUUUUAUACCGUUUCUUCACUCGAUUACGUGCCAACCUCCGCACGGAAGAUGCCCGUCCAUUCCGCAAACGAAAUCCGCGGAUCGCGAAGAUCCUAAUAUCAAAGUACACUCCAGCCAUUGGGGCCAGUCUAGCUUGCUUUGCUCUUGGGCUUUAUCCCAGCUCUCAACCCCGGAUAACGCUUGCAAUUUUUAUGGCGGCGAAAAGUUUGGAGUUUGCAUAUAACGCGCUUUGGGAAAAAGGCUGGUUUCAGAACAAGCCGUGGUGGAUCGGAAGUUGGCUACUUAUGCCUCUCUCUUGCGCGCAACUCUUCCACGCAUUCGUUUUCGAUAGAGAAACAAUACCAAAGUGGCUCAGCAACUUUAUUGUGAAGUUUUCGCUGGGAUAUAUGCAGAUUCGCCCGGAAGGCUUUCCUACCGAGUUACAUUGGCCAGAUCAAUAUGAAUCUGUCGAUGCAUUGGCAAAAAUUUCCGAAUUAAAGUGGCCCGCGUUUAUCUCUCCUAUUCUCCAUCCACACAAUCCAAACCCACUCCCCGCUGUUCUUGAAGGGAUAUCCCCUAUUGCAUCUCCGGCACAUCCGGCAAUGGCAUCAUUGUCCUGCGCGCUUCUUCAUCCGAAGACCCCAUCCUGUCUCACUGCGUUUCUCCAGCAAAACCUCCUCUCCAUCCCUCUACUCGCACGCACAAUCAGCAAGAUUGCCGUUAUCUUGUCACUUCCGGGAUUCGCAUCGUUUUUACUCCGUCCAGUAACUUGCACAAACGCUUUGUGCCGCACGAUCCUUUCCUCGACGGCAGUCCUGUCGGCUGCCCUUGGUGCCGCCUGGGGUAGCAUUUGUUUAUUUAAUAGCUUAUUGCCGCGCUCCAUGCUGCGCACUCAACGGUUCUACCUGAGCGGUGCGCUCGCCGGAGCACCGUUUAUGUUUUUCCGCGCCGCAGGUGUUCGGUCACAUUUCAUAUAUUUCUUCCGCCUGGCCGUUGAUUCGGCAUGGAAAGCAGGGGUCAAACGGGGAUUAUGGCGUGGAUGGACGGGUGGCGAGCUGUGGAUCCUGGCCGUUUCUUGGGCGGCAAUCGGGGCGAUCCUGGAGAGCAAUCCAAAGGCGGUCACUGGAUCUAAGACCAGGAAGAUACUGGCUUGGAUCCGUGGUGAUGGGUUUAUGGAUCCGGCAGAGUCCCGGCUGAAGAAGAAAGGAAAGAAGGCUGCGGCAGAGUAA